UGCACACUGCAGCCAGGCGUACUUGGAGAUGGAGACUGUCGGGAUGUGACCCCGGAACAGGACGCCUCCUUAGAAACAACACACCAUUCAAAUAAAAUCCAAACGACAGAAAGCUGGACCAGGAGAGCAGUGCUGCGGGAGCUGGGGGGAUGAACCGCGAGGAGGCCCCUGGGAAGACUCCGGAGGAGAUGUACAUCCAGCAGAAGGUGCGGGUGCUGCUAAUGCUCAAGAAGAUGGGAUCUAACCUGACGCCCAGUGAGGAGGCCUUCCUCAGGAAUUACGCCGGUGUGGUGCACAGUCAGAUGAGCCAACUACCGCAGCACCCCAUUGACCAGGGCGCAGAGGACGUGGUGAUGGCCUUCUCCCGACAAGAGACGGAGGACCGGAGGCAGUGACGUCCCACCAGCCUGCUGCGACACGCCGCGCCCUGCUGUGCUGUGCUGUGUCGUGUCGCGCCUCCAAACCUAACACUGUGGAUGGAACAGGAGAGUGGACGAGCGUUGGGAUAGGGAUGGAAGGGGGGGGGGUGAAUCCAUCAUGGGCACUUUGCUGGGUCCUUCCACUCCUUACCCUCCCUCUCUCCCUCUCCCCUUCCCUUUCUCUCUCUCUCUCACCUUUCUUCCUCUCCUCCUCCUCCUCCUCCUCCUCCUCCUCCUCCCGAUAUGAACUGCCACACUAAGCACCCUCACUCCAGUGGUCCCAGGCCAUGGUGAUGGGGGAAGGCGCCGAGAGAAGAAAUGGGAGAAACUGUUGUGAGUGCAUAACCAUUUCUUUGUUGGAUUUUAGUCAUUGUUUUGUGAGGAGUUUUUUGUUUGUUUGUUAUAUGUUUUGUUUUGCAUCAUGUAUUAUUGGGGCAGUGUUGUGUUUGAUGUGUGUAUGUCUCAGAGUGUGUGAAUGGACCAACAUUAUCCAUUUGUUUGGUCAAACUAAAGGGGAGACAGUGGUGGGGUGGGGGAGGGACUAGAUGUUUUUCAAGGGUGUCCUUAGAAGGGCCGUCAUAUUAUGUUCAUUUGUUGUGUGAUUGUUAUCGACAGAACCAGGCAGGCAAAGGGGGUGUUUAUGUGACGUGUCAUGUUUUGGUUUUCCUCAUUCAAAUGAAUGAGAAGUGCUCUUUGCAUAGUUUCUUUUUAUUUCACACUAAAAGCUAAAGUGCUGAGGCGCCUACAGACUGUCCACAAUGAAACCGGAAGAAUCCACACAUAAGCAAGCACAUUCUUUAAAAAAAAAAAGGUGCAUACAAAUUUCCUUCACAGAAAAAGUCUUUUCACUGAAAUGUACUGACUUAACCUGUUUUUUAUUGUAUAAACAGUAAGAAAAAUAGGACAAUGAAUGACGUGUGCCAACUGUGUUUUUUGUAACAUUUUAAGAAUCUGAUGAAUGUCUUAGUUCUUAAUUUAUUGUUUAUCUUGUUAAACUCUAACUCCAGUGAAGGGUGUUUUGCUCAUGACACAAGGCCUGAUGGACUGUAAUUUACAACCAUACUCAUCAUCCUGGUCAUGUUUGCAAAAAUUCAGACACUGUGGAACUAGGCGUUGUAUAAUGUUUGAUCAGUAGCCGAAAAAUAAAUGAAUCUCCUGACUUGUGAGAUGUAAUUAGCAGAGUAUUUAGCUGUUGUUCUUGAAACCCCAAAUCAAAGCUCCACUGUGCUAUGAGACAGAGGUAACUAAAGACCAGUCACACUUAUUCAGAACCUCAGCCUUAAAACAUCAUGCACACAUCCUUGCACCAACAGCAAGAGAAGCACGGACACAGUACAUAGUUAGCUCCCAACUCUGUAAUCUUUUAAUUGUUGUAGUUAUGCCAAUAGCAUGAAGAGCUAAAAGGGAAUAUCCAGAACAGUGUUUUAAACACCAUUAAGUUACCCCCUGAGACCUCAAACAGAAACACUUGAUAAUCGUGUUCGUUAGUUAGUUUCUUCUGAACUGGAAUGUCAAAAAUAAUUUUUCAUUUCUUUUUUUUCUAAUCUGCAUUAUAUUUUUGGUCUUUUUUGGUGAUGACAUGGCACCAUGGGCAAUAUUUAAUGUGUAUAAAUAUAUUUUGUUAACAUGCUUAACUUAAAAAAAAAACAAGUGUAACUUAAUGUUUUAUGAAAUUAAGCAUGCUUGCCUUGGGGUUUUUAAAGUGUUCAUUUCAGUAGUUCUUCAAAGAAUCGUGACUCAUUGACCAUCACUUGUACAUCCCUGAUAUCUGCGGAAGGUCGUCCUCUUGGACAUCAUAGGUUUUUAUCAUUAUUGUUGUCGUCCAUUUUAUCUUGUUGGCAAUAAUGGCAGAAAUCUUGAAACUGAAUGUCCUCAGUGUUAUGGCUAAUGACAUAUUUCAUUUCUCUGUCAGUGACAAGGAAGUCUGUUCUUUAUAUGUUUACUUUUGUUUUUAUUUGUUUCUAAAACAUUUUUGCCUAUGCAUUUUUGUCCCUUAAUCAACAGUCUUACUGUGAUGACAUCAGGUUUUGUACAUUUAGGCCCAGCAUCUCUAGUCUCUAUUAGUAUAAGAAUGUCUGUUUACUUACAUUGGACUUAAAGUCUAAAUAAUUGACAGCAUGCUGUUUAUGAUCCCUAGUGCUGUAUAUCUUUUAAUGUGAUGGCCUGAUGUUGCCUAGCUGUCGUUCUUUGGGUUCUAAAAAUUGUGUUGCUUUUUUUGUAUUUUGAUUUUUUUUUUUUUUUUUUUUUUUUUUUUUUUUUUUUUUCAUUGAUAACUGAUUAGUUGGUUUUUGCUAUAUGGCUGCUGACCAUGUCUUUUGACUAAAUGCUUCCAAAACCUAUACCAACUGAACCAUUAAAAGAAUUUAAAGAAGGCU